AUGGGGAACGUUCCGUCCGCGGUGAAGCACUGCCUCAGCUACCAGCAGCUUCUCCGGGAGCAUCUCUGGAUCGGGGAUUCAGUGGCAGGGGCGCUCGACCCCGCGCAGGAAUCUUCUCAAUUAUCUGGACUCCCUGGGUAUGUUAAAAUAGUGGAAGUUGGACCUAGGGAUGGAUUGCAGAAUGAGAAGGUUAUAGUUCCCACAGACAUAAAAAUUGAAUUUAUCAAUCAACUCUCCAAAACUGGCUUGUCUGUAAUAGAAGUGACCAGCUUUGUGUCCUCCAGAUGGGUACCACAGAUGGCUGAUCACACUGAAGUGAUGAAAGGCAUUCAGCAGUAUCCAGGAGUUCGAUAUCCUGUCCUUACUCCAAAUCUUCAGGGUUUCCACCGUGCUGUUGCUGCGGGAGCCACUGAGAUAUCAGUUUUUGGUGCUGCAUCUGAGUCCUUUAGCAAGAAGAAUAUUAACUGUUCCAUUGAAGAAAGUAUGGGGAAGUUUGAGGAGGUCAUUAAGUCUGCAAGGCUCAUGAAUAUUCCAGUGCGAGGGUAUGUGUCUUGUGCCCUGGGCUGUCCAUAUGAAGGAAGCAUAACACCACAAAAAGUGACAGAAGUGUCCAAGAGAUUGUAUAGCCUGGGCUGUUAUGAGAUCUCCCUGGGAGACACAAUUGGAGUAGGAACUCCAGGAAGCAUGAAAAAAAUGUUGGAAAGUGUCAUGAAAGAAAUCCCACCAGGUGCUCUUGCUGUUCACUGUCAUGAUACAUACGGACAAGCCUUAGCAAACAUCCUCACUGCCUUGCAGAUGGGAAUUAGUGUGGUGGAUUCUGCAGUAUCCGGAUUAGGAGGUUGCCCUUAUGCAAAAGGUGCUUCUGGGAAUGUUGCCACUGAGGAUUUGGUCUAUAUGCUUAAUGGCCUGGGGCUCAAUACAGGUGUGAAUCUUUACAAGGUGAUGGAAGCUGGUGACUUUAUUUGCAAAGCUGUGAAUAAAACCACAAACUCUAAAGUAGCACAAGCCCUCUUCAAUGCUUGA